AUGUCGCUCGAGUGGCUGGCGGCCUGGAGCUGGUCGCUGGACGGCCUGCGGGACUGCAUCGCCACGGGCAUCCAGUCCGUGCGGGACUGCGACGCCGCGGCCGUGGCCACCGUGGCCUGCCUGCUGGUCCUGUUCGCGUGGUACUGCUACCACGUGGGCCGGGAGCAGCCGUGGCCCUACGCCUCCGUGUCCUCGCUCCUGCAGGGCGGCGGGGAGGCCGGCGGGCUGCAGAACGGCUACGCGUACUGCCAGUCCCCCGAGUGCGUGCGCUGCGCCCACCACGAGGGCCUCAACCAGAAGCUCUACCACAACCUGCAGGAGUACGCCAAGCGCUACUCCUGGUCGGGCAUGGGCCGCAUCCACAAGGCCAUCCGCGAGCAGGGCCGCUACCUCAGCAGCCGGCCCUCCAUCCAGAGGCCCGAGGUCUUCUUCCUGCCCGACCUGCCCACCUCGCCCUACUUCCCCCGCGACGCCCAGCGGCACGACGUGGAGCUGCUGGAGCGCGGCUUCCCCACCAUCCUGGGCGAGUUCGAGGCGCUGUCCAAGGCCUUCUCCAACUGCGGCCUCCCGCAGGGCUGGAAACUGAACGGCACGCCCCGCGGGGAGUGGCUCACCUUCUACCUGGUCAACCAGGGCGUGUGCGUGCCCGGCAACUGCCGCAGGUGCCCACGGACGUACCGCCUGCUCGGCAGCCUGCGGACCUGUAUCGGGAACAAUGUGUUCGGCAACGCGUGCAUCUCCGUGCUCAGCCCCGGGACCGUGAUCACGGAGCACUACGGGCCCACCAACAUCCGCAUCCGGUGCCACUUAGGUCUGAAAACCCCAAGUGGCUGUGAGCUGGUGGUGGGGGGCGAGCCCCAGUGUUGGGCAGAAGGCCGCUGCCUCCUCUUUGACGACUCUUUCCUACACACCGCGUUCCAUGAAGGUGCGGCGGAGGAUGGCCCGCGGGUGGUGUUCAUGGUGGACCUGUGGCAUCCGAAUGUCGCCGCGGCGGAACGGCAGGCCCUGGACUUCAUCUUUGCUCCGGGCCGAUGA